AUGAGUACUACUGACCAAACAUCCGAUCCGUUCAAUGAACUCAUUGCGGAAUGCCAUAAUGACCCGACACGAAUCCAAGCUCGCUACGAAGCCCAUCGAACCAAUCGAAACAUCCAACAAAAGGAACGGCUGCUCGAUCCCGGUUUCUCCGGUUGGCAGAUCGACGAUAUUCUUGCACGCCUGCAUGAACAAGCAAACAACGAACAAGGUAGCACUGCGACAGCACCGUUCAUUGACCCCCGGCACAGCUUAACCAUCCUCGCUCGUCCACCGCAGCAUAUUCGAGACCUAGUGGCUGAGAUUCAAAGAGAGAUCGGGGAUGUUGCUCCAAGCCUCUGGUUUACACCUCCAGACUAUCUACACAUGACUACCUUGGAGAUCGCUAGUUGCCGGACGGAACCAGAGAUAGAUGACCUGGUCACUCGUCUGCAGCGCAGUGGGAUCAUACCGCAGUUGACGCAUUGCACCUUUCAUCAUCGCACACGGCUAUUCAAGCCGCUGAUUAGCUACGAUGCGACGGCAAUGGCUCUGAAUUUCGUCCCUGAAACUGGUGGGGACAUGAUGGGCCAUGUCCACGAGAAAGAAUGCCACGAUGAUCAGUAUACUUACCACCAUCUACGAGGAGACGUCUCCGCGCAGAUUGCGGCAAUCGGGUUGCCGAUGAAGCCCAGGUACAUUGCUCCGUCAGCGCAUAUCACCAUCGCACGAUUCAUCACUCGCGAAGGAUUCUUGCUGGAGACGUCUGGUCCAGACGGAGUGGAACAGGUUGAUACCGAUCAAAUUGCCUUACUGAUUCGAAGGAUUGAGUCAAUAAAUGAGAGGCUCCGGGCGGAAUAUUGGCCCCGUGAACGAGAGCCCAUACCUCGGAAAGGUGAGUGGAUCGUGGGAGAGGAGCGAGGGCUGGAAGUCUGUGUUGGGAGGUCAUUCUAUGGAGGCGGAGAGUGUGCCCAUGUAGGGAAAGGCUUUUUGAGAUACUAG